CGUUUCAGAGCUGCUGCCGGGUUUCAUUUUACUUCCCUCUUUACGGAGCAGGCAUUUAUGUAGAGCUGGUGGGCGAAUUGUUUUCCGGAAGGUGCAAAUAAACGAAAGAAAUAGUUUCUGUGACAAACCGCCAAAACAACGCCAAAUUUCCAGUUGAUGUGUUAUGUGUUUUGUACGUAUCCUCUCGGGAACUUGAUGAACAACGUCGAAUCGUCCGGACCGUAGCAGCAGAAAGGUGUGAAGCUGUAACGUCGAAUUUAUGUGCCGACGAAUUUAUGAGGCAGCCCGCAGAAGGAUUUAGUUUUGUCCCUUCGCUAUCACGCCCACAAUCUCAGUCGCAGCGCAGCGUGUGUGAUUUGUCACGAGAACGCGUUCUAUAGCACCAUAUUUGGCCAAAAAAACGACGAUCCGUCCCCAGCGACCAUGGAUAACUUGAGAAAUUUGUUCGGGCAAGUGUCUGCCAUGACGUCAAUGAAAUCAUCAACGGCGAGCCCCUCGUACUCGUCGGGCACGGCGGGAAGCAAUAGGUCCGGUUCCGUCUCGGGCUCCGGCUCCAGCGGCAGGAGCAGCAACGACACGAUGAAACCACGUAAAACGGCCGACCGGGACAGUUACUACUACAUCAUGUGGCGUUCUUAGCUUCGGAACGGUUUCAGCUUUACCGUGCAGCUUUCCCGUCGGGUACAGAGAAAUAUUCUUAAUCCUCACAGCAUAUUCACGAAUUCUCUACCACGCAUUCAUCGGCCACAUUCAGAGAGAGAGAGAGGAGCAAAUAGUCUGGACGUACGGAAACGGAAUUCGGGAGAUUGGGAGAGAACUACCAGCUAAAACGGAUAAGCCGGAGUAAUAAUAAUAAUAAUGCUUUCGCUGAUUGGUGCUAACCAGUUAUGGAUGGUCGCAAUCUGGACCGGAUUACUGCUGGUCUUCAGUCCAGUCCUGUUUGUGGUUAGUGUGUGCCUACCGGAAUUGCCAUUGUUGCUGAUUAGACGGCUGAACCACAUCCCGUUUGAUUCCGUUUGACCGCGCAUGACUCCGGGAUAGACAGGGCACCCAAAAGCAGGAUUCUAUCUGAAGGUGUCUUUAACGACAAAUGAAACAAAUCGUUUGCGAGACUGCUUUUAUUUAUUGUAGCAACCGAUACAAAAAAAACGAAGACAGAUUUCAUUUUUUUACAGAUUUCUAUUAUUUUGUAAAAAUGAAAAGACAAGUAGACAAGUACCAGCAGCAGCUCACACAGCAGACCAAUACCAUCGACACACAGCUACACAUCUUAUCGAUGUAAACAUAACCCAGACUUAAAGAGUGCAAUAUGCAUCCGCGAACCAGUAUACCUGUCCCCGGAGGCCAUAGCGUAAUUGAACUGAUACUGAACCGAUAUGUGAUUAUUUUACUAACUCAUUACCGUAGCUUUUCUCUGUCCCCUCGGCAAUGGACACAAAGAUAGUAAGGAAGAUUGUAUGAAGAGCAAGCGCAAGAAAAGGCUACUGACCAGCUACAUUAAAUCACGGAGUAAACGGAGCGAAGCGAAUGAAAUUCUACAUUAGAAAAUCGCCAAAACGCGCAGUGCCUUGCAAGUGACUUUCGGUGAACAGUGACGAAGAUAUUUUGACAAGAGUGUUUUGUACGUACAUUUACUAGCUCUAAGUAUUAUACCUAAAAUAAAGACACAUUUUUCAUU